GAUGUCUUGAAAUUCAUUCAAGAGAGUUUGUUUGUGUGUGAUUUCGGCCUCAUAAAACUUUAUUGUUUCUGUUUUUGUGAGAAGAGAGUGAAAAGAUGUCUUGCUGUGGUGGAAACUGUGGGUGUGGAUCUGGUUGCAAGUGCGGCAGUGGAUGUGGAGGAUGCGGCAUGUAUCCUAAUCUUUCUUUCUCCGGAGAGAUCACCACCACUGAAACACUGGUGAUAGGAGUUGCUCCUCAGAAGGGAUACUUCGAAGGUGGUGAGAUGAACGCUGGAUCCGAGAAUGGCUGCAAAUGUGGAUCAAACUGCACCUGUGAUCCAUGCAACUGCAAAUGAGAUGGACCUAAAUUCCUAUAAAUAAUCUUAUGUUUGUGGGAGUGUUUGUAGGCUUGAAUCUGGAUCUUAGAAUAAGUGGGCCAUGUGUUUCUAUGAUGUGAUCAUGGUCCUGAAUCUCUUAAGCAGCCUUUGAUGUUAGUUUGGAUGUUUUCUAGUGUACAAAAUCUCCCAUGGUAUGAAAUGAUGGAGCUACGUUAUGUUUGAAGGACUUUCUAUGAAAGAAAUUGCUUGUUUCUAGUA